AUGGGGACCCUGAUUUUGGUGCUUUGUAGCUGCUCAGGACAGACAGUGUCCCUGCCUUGGGCCCUGCCACCUGCCUGCACCUGGAAACACCAAGGGGGCUUUGUCUUCAUCCACAUGGAGAGCAGCCUGUACUCACUGCCCUGCAGCCCUAUUGAAACGGAGGUGGCUGAUCCCACCUACCACUGGGGGCAUGACUGGCCAGUCCCCAGGUUGCUCUCAGUCACCAAAGAGGGACAUCUCCUCUUCCAACACUUCCAAGCAGCCGACAGUGGGAACUACUCAUGCACCAUCUCCUAUACAAAGUGCGGGAUCCCUGUGUCCCAGACAUUCCACUACAGCAUCCUUGGCUACCAUGUGCCCGGAGGCCUGGACACUGUCCUGCUCUUCCACACCAAGCUCUGUGAGGAUAGGUGGACUGAGAGGUUCCUGCAUGAUCUACAGGACAAGCUGAGGCAGCUGGAGAUGGAGCAGCACUGCAAACUCCAGCUCCAUGCCACUUUCUGCUCCCCCUCGCUCAACAGCCCAUCACAUGAAUUCGUUGUCCAAGUACAGCUAGAAGCAUCCUUCUUUGAACCCAAUUGGCAUGAGCACUGCAACUCCCAGGACAUGGAGACGGUCACAGACUGCUACCGCAAAGCAGUCCUGCACAGCCAGGGGCAGGUCCAGCUCGCCCUUAGCAGGUUCUUCAAGGAGCACAAGUCCUUCCUCAUCACUCGGCCUGGUAUCCCCAGCAUCAACUUCACCAAUGAGUUUGUCAGCUUCCUAAGGACCAAGCAGUGCAGCGCGGGCUAUGGGCAGACGAAGCAGCUCCAGAGAUGUCUUGACUGUUGCAUUGUAUGCCCACCAGGGACGUUCAGCCCUCCAAAGAGCAGCAAGUGCUUCCCAUGCCCUGUUGGGACCUACAGCGUGACCCACGGGACAGCAUUCUGCACUCUCUGCAAGCAUGGCAUGACCACCAGAGCAUCAGGCGCCAGCUCCAUAAAGGACUGUGUCAAGAAGGAAAGGACCAAGCAGGCUAUCUCCAUCGUGCACAAGGUGCCACCCCUGCUCCUUAUUGUCUUGCCAGCAUUACUCUUCCUCAAUGUUCUCUUCUUCCUAAGCUUUUGUUACUGGUUCUAUCAAGAUUACCGUUUGCAGUCCCCAAGAGCUUCCAAGAUGAAAGGAAGCACCAUGAGGAUGGAAAGGAUGAGCCGUUUCUUCAGGAGUCCCAAGCAGAGCCCCCAAGGUCUCCUUGAGGCCAGUGACACCAGGAGUGACACAGAACAGAGGGAUGGAGCACCCUCCCUGCCAUGA